UGCCGUUCCGCUUCCGUUCCGCGUCCGGUGUGAGUUUGCCUUAAGCAAGGUGUUUUUCUUUGGAGCUGUCAUUAUGUCAUUGAUAAUGUUCAGGGUAACAGGUUUACACAGUUGUAACAAUGUUAAUUUAAGGUAAUUUUAAAGAGAAACAAGCAAGAUUUUCAAAGUUCAAGAAAAAACAAUUCCAACCCAUCCCUGAUGGAGAGGAAAAUAAGUUUUUAAACAGUAAUCCAGUUUAGAAACUAACAGACAGGUUAUAACCAAGCAACAACCUCUGUGGCUGUGAAGUGAAGCCAAUGUGGAACUACGAAAACCUGCAGUUCCUCAAAUAUGUCUAAGUCUAGAGACGGAGACCUCAGGACCUCAGUGCCUGGAGGGUAAUAUUUAUUCACCAGGGAUGUUUCAAGCACAUUUUGAGGUUCUUCAGACUUCUCAAACAUUUGACAUUGAGGACCCUCCUACGCAAUCAGAUUGAGCUCUGCUUGAAGUGAAGAAUGCGGGUUUAGUUUGCGCUUGCCCUUUUUUUUUCUCUACAGAAAUUAGUGCAUGGGAUUUUAAACAUCCUGUGGCACACAACAAUGCAGAGCUCACCAACAUGUGGAGACAAAACAGGCUGACAUAAUUUAAAAGAGUUGACCAAUUGACCAAUCCCAUACUCACUCACUAAUUCAUUGAUUUCUAUUAGGAUCACUAGAGGCUUAGUUUUAUUUUAAAGAAUAAAAAACAUUUUUAUGUGUUUCAAUCUGCAGACCCCUUAAACAUUUUUCUUAUUCAGCAGUAUCAGUUCUUUUUUUCUUUUUUUUUAAAUCCACGCUUUUCACCCUUCAAGAAGGACAUUGUUUACUUCUGAUUUGAUCAAAAAAUCACUGAUGGAUAAAAGCAGUGUUCUCUCAAAGAUGUGAUAUCCUAAACGCAGAGGGUCAUUAUCCAAGAACCCUUUUGGCCAGCCCGUUGUAUCAUCCCCAGAGAGAUGUGAAGAAUUUCUCAAAGAAACGUCUAGCACAGAUGCUUUUGCAGUUCCAUUAGCUGUCAAAGAGGAAUGUGUGUUUGUUUUUUAAUCACGUUGGUUGUGUACCUUUUUAACUCUGCUGUGCCCAUUGGUGGCUUCAUCUACAAAUUUAUGCUGUGAUGUCAAGCAUUAUGUCAAUCUAAAUAUGGUGGAAAUGUGUAUAAACUACUCUACAUAUUGAAUGUUAUCGUUUGAUGAAAUGCUGCACACAUGCACUUGUCCAGGGUGUGACUUAUGGACACAUAAACUCUCUCUACAUAUACAUAUAUUUAUGUUUGUCCUGUGUAUGUGUGUGUGUGUUUACUUCAGCCAAAGAAGGUGAAAGUUCACUGUGUUAAGCAGUCUAAGGAAAGUCCAGCGUGUGUCUGCUGCUGAGUGAAUGUUCACUGUACCUCACAAACACUCAAAGGUUUCCAUUUCAGUGCAAUAACACGUUUAUUUCCUUGUUUCUUUGUGCCUCAGUUGGCUGAAACAGAGUUGCGUUCCCAGUACAAACGUGUGCAUGCAACCACCCUUAGGUAAUGGAUCUGUGCAGCCAUUGAUUGUAUUAGUUUGAUGUUGACGCCGCUCUGUCUGAAGGGGAGGGGUCUGCACAGAAACCCCUUCUUUGGGGGUCUCAGGGCUGUUUUUUUUUUUUAUGAAUGAAGUGAAUACCAGCUACGAAUGAAGCACACACUCUCAAUAAAUGAACUGAAUGUGUGGAGGAGAAGUUGGGCAGUUAUGAAAAUAAAUGUUUAGUAGGACAAUGUGCAUUUUGAUGAUAUCCUUGUAAAUGUGAAUGCAACUUAGAAUGUGGCUGAUGUUCACUGAGCAUUAAGCUGCUUUGCAGUACUACACGACCGUGGGAAAGGUCCUUCACGUAAGGCACUUUAUUCUUUGUGUCUGUUGUUCUUGUGUAAUUGAUCUCACUCCACGUCCAUGGCCGAGUGCUUCAAAGGCCCACACAUUUUAUGGCUACACCAUUCCACAUGCUCUGUGCAUUAUUGUAUACACAUUUCCCAACAUUCAACCUAUUAUUAUUAUUAUUCGACAUAUCUCUCUGUCUUUGAAAAUUAGAAUUAGAAUUUAUAAAAAGUUCUGUUGGUUUGAAUAAUGCAGGAUGAAGACAGAAUCUCCCUGGAGAAUAAUCCUCUGUGUGGUGAAGAGAGGGCGGAACUCAGCAAACAGUUUUGGGAAGGUUACAGAAGUAUUACAAGCCGCAGGGAUCACCAGGAACCAUGAGCGGACGCGGGGACGAGGCCGGGGAGAGCUCUGGCUCCCAGGAGCCCACGGGCGCCGCGGAGCCCCAGAAGAGGAGGCCGGGGAGACCAAGGAAGCCCCAGAAAGAGCCUGUUGGAGAGCCUGUCCCGAAGCGACCGAGGGGCCGCCCCAAAGGAAGCAAGAACAAGGGACCUUCCAAGGCACUGCAGAAGAAAGCUGAGGCAACUGGGGAGAAAAGACCCAGGGGACGACCCAGGAAAUGGCCACAGCAAGUUGUCCAGAAAAAGUCUUCUCAGGAAGAAGAAGAAGAAGAAGAAGAAGAAGAAGAAGAAGAAGAAGAGGCUGGAGAGUCUCCAGAGGAGGACUAAGCUUCCACAUCAUGACACCUCUACCUCAUUCAGCUGUCAGGUCUUUCAAAGGGAGAAGACUGCCUCGACCACUUAUCUUUUUUUUUUUCUUCUUCUAACUUUUCCACGUUAUUUUACCUGGUAAGUUCAUUUUUGGCUAGAUCAUCUUAUUUUAUUAUUUUUUUUUUUUUUACAAAGACCAUACGGAAUGCUGCAACACAGGGAGAUCACAAUGACAUUUUUUUCUAAUUUGUACUGCUGCUAGAAGCAGACAUUCUGCCUGUCAACAGACAAAUUGUCAUGUACAACAAACUUCUCAAUGAGAGUUGAAAACAAACAGGAACACACAGAUAGAAUGAGUAAGUGUAGCUGCACGCAAACCACAAAUGUUGACAUUUGUGGUUCAUUAGAGCAUCAUUAUGUGAGUGAGCACAAGGGGCAAGUCAACUACUUUGAUUUACGACUGAAUAUCACAAAACACUCUCUGUCUCAAAGGUCCUCAAUCUGGAUAAGGGCACAUCACUCUGAAGACUACAUCUUUGUACUAAUGCAGUCCUAAAUUCUGCUGUUCCAACAUACCAGUGUUAGUUCUAAAACAAACCAACCCCCUCGCACAUCGCCCUCACCAACACCAAAGUUAGGGAGACACAGAAAUCUUUCUCAGGGAGGCGGUUUAUCCAUCAUCUUAAACCCAUUCUGAAGAUAGACCGAAUGAGAGAUCUGAAGAGAAAUCCACAUGGAAUCCAAACAUUUCAGUUUCUGUGGGACAACAUUAAAUAAGCCACAGAUGAAAUCAUUAAUUGUGAUCGUUGACUUGAAAAUUAAGGAGAAAUUAUUGAUCAUACAAAAUUGUGCAAAUUCUUUGACCUGAACUUCAUGAUACUGUAUUGGACCAUCAAAUUAACUGCAAGUAAGAUCUUGAUUAUGCCCCCAAUCUGCUUAUUUGAAUGAUAAGCAUCAGAGCCAGACAUUGAUGCUGGAUGUGCACCAGACAAAGAGGUGGUCAAACAAUUGUUUGAUUCAGUUCAUUGUCACAGCAUCAACAAAAAUGAUAAUUAAAGAGUAGUUAAAGCUUUAAUUUUGAUACACUUAUCAUAACUUGACAGACCAGAAAUUUUGUUUUCCAGCCUUUUUUUUGGGGUCUAGAACUGAUAGAACCUCUGAGCAUCCUGUUGGUACUUCACUACCACAGUGUUUAACAUUGCACCAGAUCACUGUGUACCAUUUGUUCAGAUUUACAUUAACUAGGUCAGAUAGCUUCAUGUUUAUUCUGUGCGCAACAUAGCUUUAAAACCUUGAAUCCAUCAUUGAUGCCACGCUGCAAAGAAGUCUACACACUCGCUCUGCCUUGCAAAAGAAUCUCAAGAACAAAAGACACAAAAGGAAACCACACAUUACCUCAUUGCACACUUGAUACCUGGAUUUAGUAGCAGCGUGACAUUAGACGACUCAUCUUGCACUGUAACUUCAGGGAGACUUGCAUUUAGGGAAACCUGAUAUCAUGCCAGCGCCUUCUGCUCAGUGAUAUGCAAUAUCUUCUCCUCAUUUAAAACUACCUCUGACUCAGAACAGCUAGCUCAUGAACACUGUUGCUCAGUACACAGGAAGGUAUUGUGGAAUUCUACAUUUGAUACAACUUUAUACUGUUCAUUCAAACGAGGUCAUACUGGCUGUUGUCUUUGUCAUGUGGAAAUUUGUCUGCAACUGUUUUGUUUAAAUCAGGCAGGUAAACCCUAAAUAAUCUGAACAGAAGCAAAGGUCAGAUAGAGCCAUGUGAAUCAACAUUAAGGGAAAACUCUUUUUUACUACAGCAGCCUUAUUUUUGUUAAUUUGUAACCAUCUUUCUUGUUGGUUAUGUUGGACCAGAUAAGAGCUUUUACACGGUUUCAAGUAUAUACAUACAUGAAGUCGGAGUAUUUGAUAAAACUCUUCCAUGCAGACAUAACAUUACAUUUAAACUCAAAUUACUUUACAGGUUCAGAGUAGCAUUUUAUAAAGUAAAAAAAAAAAACCUGAACACAUCUUUAUCUUACAGUGUCUGACUGUCCAUUGCUUUGUUAAAGCACACAUGAAACUGAAAUGUAGAGUCACAGCAGUCACUUUUGGUAAAAACUUUAAUGACACAGUUGGAUUUAAGGUAAUGAGAUAAGAUAUUCAUGACAGUGAUAUUGAUCCAAGGAUACCACAGUUAAACUGUCAUCAUAACAUUCAAGCAUGAUGGUCAAAACUAUGAAAAUAAGACAGAGGUUGUUUAAUUGGAGACAGACUCUAAAGCCUGCAGCCCAGCAUUUGCAAUUUUCAGUCCAAUUCAUAUGUCCAUAUUUUAUACUUCAGAUGUUACACUCUUUUUUGUGGUUUCAAUUUGAUUGAUACAAAAAUACCAUUCAAAAUAUCUCAAUAAAUGUGUAAACUCUUAUAAAUGUAAAUAAAUUGUGUUUAAAAAAAAUAUAUUAAAUGUAAUAUUUAAAUAAUUCAUAUAUUCACAAUUGAAGUUGUGCAGUCUGUAGAGUUUGUCUCCAACACUUGAGUACUUGGCACUGACAUUUUGUCAUCUGUUUUUUUAUACUUAAAACAGAAAAGCAGCUAAAUCAGGUACCGUUGUUUUCCUCAUUGACCUUGAUGAUGUUAUUUUGUAUGGAAACAUUGUAAUGAAACAUAUUUUACAUUUUCUGCAAACUGGGAUUUCUUUUUGACCAACUGUUAACUUGAAUUUAUUUUGUAGUGAUUUACACAAUGGUUUAAUAAGGAUCAAGUGUUUGUAGUGACACUGUAUGAUAUAACUACAAAUGUUUUGGUUUGUUUUUUACUUUGAAUAGUGAGUUUUAUUUCUGAGUCAUGAAUUACCUAUAUAUGUACAGUACUUCAAACAGACACACUCAUCAGACUCACAGAUCAUCAAUUGACGUACCUACCUCCAGUCUUGAAAAGGAAUAACUUUGCAGGUUUACUUUCAGUAUGAGUUUCACUGACAGAUGACGUGAUCGAUAUCAGGACUGCAGAAGCUCCUUUUUCAAGUAUUGUUUCAGUCAAGCUUCUAAUCUCAGUACACAUGGAUUCUCUCCUUCAAAGUGACUUUUGACAGAUACGUUUGGAUUUUGUAUUCAUGAAUAUGUUUUCUUUUUUUUUUAAUUAGUUGGUACAUCGAUAUACUUGAUUAGCGUGUGUGUGCAUACUUCACAAAAAUGUGAUUUUCUUUUCUUGUGAUAUGGUUAAAACAUGUAUAUGGAUAUGGAAUUGCUUCUUACAUAGUGAUGGAUUAUAUUAUUCUUCACCUAUCACCAUGACAACCUUUGAAAAGUUAACAUGGUAUUUUGAACUAGGCCAGAGGUAUAGCCUCAGAGCUACACUGAUCUGGUCAACCUGCCUUCAGCAACACCAGUGUGGAACAGUGGCAGUUUAACAGUGGUAAACUUUCUCUAACCAAUAAUCUGCACAGUCCUGUCAAAUCUGACCCCUGUCUGUUAUCUUUCAUACACGUGCAUGUGGAAAUACACCCAAACAAUGGAUGCAGGUGUUGAAGGUAUUAAAUCUGAUGUGAAUAUUUUGCUCAAGUUAAAACAUUUUUAACGUUAACCUGAUCUAUUUUGCGUGUUACAGAAGAAGAUAUGGCAGCACCAUUAAAGUUUAUGGAAUCUUUUUAAAUUGAAUUGAACUGAAUAAAAUAAAGUCUGCCUCCAGACUUUGUGCAAGGCUUAACCUCUCCUAAAAUCUCUUUAAUCUUCAACAGUAUGACCUACAAAGACAAUUUUUGUCAACGUGAAGUCUUAAUAUGGUUUGAAGAACUGAAUUUGAGUCAACAUACACAUACUACAUCUCCACCAGCAAUGAGAGUAAAUAUUUCUGUUGCACAUUGAGACUCUGUGGAGAUAAUUCUAUUUAUAAUAAUCUAACCAAUCCAAACAGAGAGAAUCAGAAGCUGCCGUUAAAACAGCAAGCUAAGAAAUACUGUGAACUGUGUGCGCCUGUUGAAACAAGCUGAUCAAUAGCUUUGAAUGAAUCGCUUUAAAACAGACAGGCAUCUGAAGAAUUAUGAAACACCACAGACACCAUGUAGACCUGGUAUUCAUCAUCUGUAUCUACCUGCAUAAGGACUAAGGCUCAGCUGCAGUUACACAAUGGGCCCCAUUCACUAACAUGUAGAAAUGUUUUACACUAAAUAAACAGUUUAAUGACACGUCUACUUUGUAAAUCCUGAUCGUUCUUAAUUGACUGUUUGCAAUUAGUUUGCAUAGAGGUGAGUUAUAGAGAAGGUGGUGGAACGAUCAAUCAAUCAAUCAGUCAAUACAUCAAUAAAUCAAUAAAACAAAAUAGAACAAAUAUUAAAUAAAAUAUUAAAAACAUUAAAUUAUAAAACACUACAUUAAGAUGAUGUUGUAAGACAGGGUAUGAUUUCUGAGGAAGAAAACGAGAGAAUAAAAUUUCAUGACUGAAAAGUUAAAAGUUGUAUUUCCAUUUCCUUCAUCAUAUGUGUGUAUGCAUGGUCUGAGGCUAUUUGAAAUCUGUACUAACAGCUGCAGGUUAAAUACUGAUGAUGUAUGCUCUGUUUAAGCACACAUACAUACUACUCGAGCUCUGGACUCCUUUUGAAAGUUUGUUCAGUAGAGUAUAAAAUGUCACCUAAUGUUCUCUGGACGUGAUGCUAGCUGUUGGAAACAAUGAUUGUAGAAGCCACUGUUGAUGAGCUUUCAGCUCUGGGAGUCUUAAUGUAGUUGAUCCUUUCUCUUCAUGAUUUCAUAUUCCAGUACAAUCAAAUACACAUUACUACCUCCAGAAAGGCCUCUUUACCUCAUAUACAAACUGAAAUACUGUUUCAAUUCAGUUGUCCAAGAGCAUAGAGACAACAUCAAACUUUUAUUUACAUUCUUUAUUUUUGUGGGCGGUAAAGACUUUUUCUAUGCCUCUGAGUCACCGUUAAGUAAGACUGGACAGAGAACUGUUUCUUAUCUUAUGCAAUGUUAGCUAGGAGGGACGCUGAGAGAUUUCCCAGCUCUCCUUCUGCUUUGCUCCUGUAUCAUUUCAACUUUCAUUGUUUUCCCCAUCCUGCUAGUAUUACUGUGUUUGUAUUUCACUGUGUUCUAUUCACCACAAUAAAAAAAUA